AAAGAAAGUCACAAGACUUCAUUGUUUCGAGUUGCAUUCCACGAAAACCUUGCUUUACUAGCUCGCUAGUCUCUGAAGACAACAUGGAUAUCAAAACGUUGCUUCAAAAUCUCCGUGAAGAAGUGUCUUGCUCGAUGUGUUCCGACAUAUUUACUGAUCCAAAACAUCUGCCAUGCUUACACAGUUUUUGUCUGCACUGCUUGAAACAAUGGCAUAAGACGAGCCAUGGCCGCAACACAAUCACAUGCCCAAAGUGUCAAGCCGUUAGCAGAGUACCUGAAAGUAGCGAUCUGAAAGAUCUUCCAACCAGUUUUUACCUGAAUGGUUUGAUUGAUGUGCUGGCUAUUAAAGAGUGUAGAGACAGCCAAGUAAAAUGUGGAAAUUGUGAGAAGAAAAGCUCCGAGACUUCUUACUGUUUCCACUGUUGCAUAUUUUAUUGUCAAGCGUGCAUAACUGCCCACGACAUCAUGCGACGCAAUAAAGAUCACCGUGUUCUGGCGCUUAAAGACUUUCAAGACAAGGACUAUGAAGAUGUGUUAAAGCGGCCUGUGUUUUGUCCUAAACAGGGACAUACGGAAGAAGAACUGAAAUUCUUUUGCAAGGACUGUGAAACGGCAGUUUGCCAAACUUGUGUCACAUUAGGCCACAAAAGCCAUACAAUGAACUUAAUCCAAGAAGAAGCAGAAACACAGAAGAUUCAGAUGAAAUCUAUGGUCGAAAAACAGAGGAAUAAUUUAAAAGCAAAGAUGAACAUUAUUCGCCAGCUUGAUGAAGACUACGCUAAGCUCAUACAACAAGGCGAAGACGUGAAGAGAAAUGUUCAAAAAAUUGUUGACAAUUUGAUUGCCGUCAUUGAAGAAAAGAAACAAAAUAUUUUCUCAUCCGUAGAAAACCAAACGACCAAAUCGCUUGAAAGUCUGACAAAGCGUAAGAACAAGAUCCAGGAACAAACAGCGGUCAUAGAAUCGUCGUUAGAAAAGGCUGAAAAACUUUUAACGCGCAGUAUAAACGCUGAAGUUUUACAAGUUAAGAAAUCAUUGGACAUCACAUUCGAAGGAGUUGAUCGAACCGAGCCAACUGAUGAUGACUCUGGAGGUCUUCUAGUGCGUUUAACUUUCGCGGAAAAUCAAAAAAUCUUAAAUACUGUCAACACCGAAGAAAUUGGCUUUUUGGAAAUUCUGCACCAAACAAAAGAAAGUCAGUGCAUCGCUGAAGGCAAAGGACUCGAAGAAGGAACUGUUGGAGGUGAAGCACAAUUUGUUAUGACGACAAGAAACGCACAAGCAAGACAGUGCUACAACAAACAUGACCGUGUAACGGUAGAAAUCAGGGAUGAACAAGGACGAGAAUGCGCGACGGGAAUACGAAUAAAGGACAAUAGAGAUGGAAGCUACAAAGUCAGCUAUUCUCCAAAAAAACAAGGCAGAUACAAAGUAACAGUAAAAGUAAACGGAGGACAUGUUCUCGGCAGUCCUUUCACUGUUAAAGGACAGCUAUUUCAGGUCAGACAUGUUUUAUCUUUUGGCACACAAGGUACGCCUGUUGGAAUGUUUAAUAAUCCCUGGGGAGUGGCAGUGAAUGCCCGGGACGAGAUAGCUGUAACCGAUAAUGGGAACAACAGAGUUCAAAUCUUCAGCAGUGAUGGAAAUUACUUAAGAUCCUUUGGUCGGGAAGGUAACAAAAACGGGGAAUUUAAUAAUCCAAGGGGAAUAGCAUGUCAUAAAAAUGGAAAUAUUUUCGUGGCUGACAGUGGCAAUGCUAGGAUCCAGAUUUUCAGUGGGGAGGGUGAGUACGUAAGUUCGUUUGGUGGGAAGGGAAGCCUUGAUAUUCAGCUCUCUAAUCCUUGGGGUUUAUCUGUAGACAGUGAUGAAAAUGUUAUUGUCGCUGAUGCAGGUAACAAAGUGAUUAAGAUCUUUUCUCCUGAAGGCAAGUUUUUAAUGAAGAUAGGUGGGCAGGGUUCUUUUACUUUUCCUAUCCACUGUGUUCAGUGUGAUAGAUAUCUCAUAGUGUCAGACUCAUUAGGUUUAGCUGAUGAUGAAGAAAAGAAAUUCAACCAUAGAAGGUCAAAAUAUUUCUAUGUCCGUAAUCCCAAUGUAGAAAAAGGUUCCCGUAUCUACAAGUCCCCGUGGCCCAAAUCNGAUGGCGACCCUAAAGGUCUUCUAGUGCGUUUAACUUUCGCGGAAAAUCAAAAGCUGGUAAACAUUGUGAACUCCGAAGAAAUUGGUUCUUUGGAAAUUAUGCACCAAACAAAAGCAAGUCAGUGCAUCGCUGAGGGCAAAGGACUCGAGCAAGGUACUGUUGGAGGUGAAGCACAAUUUGUUCUGACGACAAGAGACGCUCAAGCAAGACAGUGUUACAACAAACACGACCGUGUAACGGUAGAGAUCAGUAAUGAACAAGGACGAGAAUGCGCGACGGAAGUACGAAUAAAUGACAAUAAGGAUGGAAGCUACACGAUCAGCUAUCCUCCAAAAGAACAAGGCAGAUACAAAGUGACAGUAAAAGUAAACGGAGGACAUGUUCUCGGCAGUCCUUUCACCGUUGAAGGACAGCCAUUUCAGGUCAGACCUGUAUUAUCUUUUGGAAAAUUUGGUUCGUCUGCUGGAAUGUUUCAGAAACCCUGGGGGGUGGCAGUGAAUGCCAGGGACGAGAUAGCUGUAACUGAUUGUGAGAACCACAGAGUUCAAAUCUUCAGUAGUGAUGGAAAUUACUUAAGAUCCUUUGGUCGGCAAGGGGUUCAACCCGGGGACUUUAAGUUUCCAAGGGGAAUAGCAUUUCAUGAAAAUGGAGAUAUUUUCGUGGUUAACAGUGGAAAAAAUAGGAUAGACAUUUUCAGUGGGGAUGGUAAGUACGUAGGUUCGAUUGGUGGGUAUGGAAGUUUUGAUAGUCAGCUCUCUGAUCCUCAUGGUUUAUCUGUAGACAGUGAUGGAAAUGUUAUUGUUGCCGAUACAGGUAACAAACUUAUUAAGAUCUUUUCUUCUCAAGGCAAGUUUCUAAUGAAGAUAGGUGAGCAAGGUUCUUUUACUUUUCCUUUCCACUGUGUUCAGUGUGAUAGAUUUCUUAUAGUGUCAGACUUCGGUGAACAUUGUCUGAAAGUUUACGACAGGACUGGAAACUUUCAGUACAAAAUUGGAAAGCACGGUGGAGGGCACGGGGAGUUUAUUUAUCCACAUUGUUUGUCAGUGAACAAGUCAGGACACCUGAUGGUCUGUGAUUACCACAAUAAGAGAAUACAAGUAUUUACUCUAAAUGGAAAGUUUGUUGGCAAGUUUGGAUCAAAGGGCAGAAAUUUAGGAGAGUUCAAAUCUCCAUGGUCUUUGGCAGUUCUAAGUAAUGGCCGAAUUGUUGUGUCUGACUGUUAUAACCAUCGUAUGCAGAUAUUUGAGUGAAACGAUGUCUGCUUCAACUUAUGAUAAGUGUCAUUAUUUUGUUGUUAAAGCAUUAGCCUCGGCUUAGCUGAUGAUGAAGAAAAGAAAUUCAACCACACAAGGACAAAAUAUUACUAUGUCCGUAAUCCCAAUGAAG